AACGGAAGCUGCAGUGUAGAGCGGAUCUCUCUUGAAGGAAGGCCGUGUCCGAGUCACAGCUCGUGUCCCAGCUCUUACCUUACUCUCUCAAUCUGAGCAACAUGGAGGAAUUAAGUAGUUGACGUUUUCUUCUUUUUUAAGCUGUCUUCCCGUCAGAUCAUUGUGCAUCUCACCCGGUUUUAUUGACGUUUUGAGCACUUUUUACGACCCGAACCAUGAAGUACAUCAUCGGAAUUGGCGGAGUUACAAACGGAGGGAAAACCACCCUGACCAACAGACUGAUCAAGAACCUGCCCAACUGCUGUGUGGUCCAUCAGGAUGACUUCUUCAAGCCCCAAGAUCAGAUUGAAGUUGGUGAAGAUGGCUUUAAGCAGUAUGAUGUCAUCACUUCUCUGGACAUGGACGCCAUGAUGAGCACCAUCCAUGCAUGGCACGAGAACCCGGUGAAGUUUGAAAAGUCUCAUGGCGUUAAUAACACCCUGGAUACCGAGAUCAUCCCCAAGUCGGACCACAAGAAGGAGGAGGAGACUCACAUCCUGAUUGUGGAAGGCUUCCUGCUUUACACCUACGGGCCUUUGAUCGACGUGCUGAACCAACGAUACUUCAUUUCCAUCCCAUAUGAAGAAUGCAAAAAGAGGAGGAGCUCCAGAAACUACAUUUUUCCUGAUCCCCCUGGUCUGUUUGAUGGCCAUGUGUGGCCCAUGUAUCUGAAACACAAGAACAUCAUGGAGGAAUCAGGCGUUGAUGUUGUGCAGCUAGAUGGAACCAUGUCCAAGGAGCAGCUCUUCAACUCCGUCUACGGGAACAUCCUGAACAUCAUGCAGGAACCUCUCUAACAAAGGUCAUCCGAUCGGCUAUACAAAGCGUUUACUCCAUUUGCAACCAGAAGACCAACUUGCCUUAACUUCCUACCAGGCAGUCGUUCAGUUUGACUGUCAUCUUUUUUUAUUUUUUACGUCUGUUUAGCAGCAUAAGAUGCUGAGAUGAUUUUUAUAUCCAUCAUAUUUAUUGCUUUGUCACAGGAAAUGUUAGAGGAUGGUUGCACAUGUCAAUAAAUGAUCCUUCUGCCAA